UGUUGUGAAAUGCUUCACGAACAAGCAAAGCUUGUAUUUGGAUUGUAAAAAUUGUAACUAAAGCACUGGUUCUGUUUCAAAACGAUUGCGAUUUUGGUACAGAGUAAAAAUCUUAAAUUAUGAGUUCAAAAGUAAGAGAGUCUGGAAAGGAAGACAAAAACUCAGAAACCACUGGGAAGUGUGCAGGAAAGUCUCCAUCAACAAGUAUGGCAUCCCCUCCAAGUAAAUUAUCUGCCAUCGCUAAAUUUCUUAAAAGUCCUCGUAAGCAAGUAAAGAUAAACGAACAGAGUGAGAAAACAAAAUCAAAAACAAGUAAAUCUAAUAAAAAAGGAAAAAUGAAAAACAUUAAAAGCCCUAGCAAAGGUAGUCCAGUUGUUGGAAGUAAACCCACAACCAGACAAGGUUCGACUCAAAAGCAGGCUACAUUGGAGGAAAAUAAGCAAACUUUGCAUGAAGAAAAACGAGAUUCCCUUGAAAAAAAACAAGGCAAGGGUUCUUCAAGUGAUCUUGCUCAAGACGAGGCUCGGAGCAUUCCCUGUAGCCCUGACAUGUCAAAACACCAGGAUGUUGUCAGUACUCCUGAUCGCACCAUUGGCAGUGGUAAAAAAUCAAUGGUUCAAACAAGUUUGUCAACAACAAAAGAAUUUGUUGAACUUUUGUCAAGCCCAGAGCAUCCUCCUGUUCACAAGAAAAAAGGACGAAAGACUAGAUCCAAAAAAAAGGAGAAAGUGGAUAAGAAACAAACAAGGAUCACAAGUAUUUUCCCAUUGCGGAAAAGCACCAGAAAGACAAAGUCUCAACAAGAGAAAGAUGAGCAGGAAAGAAUAACAAAGAUAAUUUUAUCAAAAAAGUUUGAAGGCUUAGAGGUGCGAACAACAAAAGGAAAGGAGAGGAGUGUUUGCAACCCAUGA